AUGGCUAGCUUCAACCGCAAUUCCCUCUUGGUGCUCCUCUCUCUUCUUCUUCUAAUUACAUUUUCUAAUGUGCCUGAGGUCUAUGGUGCUAAACUCCAUCCCUCAGAAUGCAAACCGAGAUGUAACUACCGAUGCUCAGCAACAUCACACAGGAAGCCAUGCAUGUUCUUCUGCCUGAAAUGCUGUGCUACCUGCCUGUGUGUUCCUCCUGGUACUUAUGGCAACAAGGAAACAUGCCCUUGCUACAACAACUGGAAGACCAAGGAAGGCUCCCCCAAGUGCCCUUGA